AACAUAUUGUGUUACAGACUCUACAUGAUUAGGUUUAGUAAAACAGUGUUUACAUUGUGAUCAUGGAAAUGAGAAAGUCCAGUGGCGGAGUGUGGAAUCUCCUACGGUGAGAACGGUUCUCCUCCAGGUGCUGAGCAAAAAGCAGAAUUUUUCUUUCAUCAUGAACACAGACAAACUUCCUGAAUUUACCCCCCCAGAGGGAGAUGGGAUGGACGUUUGCAGCGAUGUUGCAGAUGUGAAGUCACAGGAGGAGGAAGAAGAGAGGGAGGAUAGCUCAUUCAGUGAGAAUGGAAUGCAGUGUGCUGAAGGGCUGAUAAAGACCGAGGCUGAGGAAAUGGAAGAUAAUGAGCAGUAUCUCAAGGCUGAAAAAGAACGAGAGAUUGUGCCAAAAGAGGAACCAGAGGGGGCCAGUGAGGACGGGAUUGAGGAAGGAUUUGAUGAGGAAAGGACAGAGGAGGACGAUGAUGAGGAGAGGGACAGGGAGGGGGAUGAAGAGGUAGAUACCCUGAACGAGCCGCAGGACCUGUCGCUGGUGGACUACUCACGUUAUGAAAGUGCAGCCCUGCCAGACGCCCACGUAGCAGCAGCAGCUGCAGAAGGGACUUGUGUGCCUGGAGCCAUGGCGCCCCGCAUCCAGGCGACAGGCAAGCUCAACUGUGACAUCUGUGGCCUGUCCUGCGUCAGCAUCAACGUACUGCUGGUGCACAAACGCAGCCAUACGGGUGAGAGGCCAUUCCACUGCACUCAGUGUGGGGCCUCCUUCACGCAGAAGGGAAACCUGCUUCGCCACAUCAAACUGCACUCCGGGGAGAAGCCUUUCAAAUGCCCCAUGUGCAGCUACGCCUGCCGUCGACGCGAUGCUCUGAGCGGACACCUGCGCACCCAUUCUGUAGAGAAGCCCUUCAAGUGCAACCACUGCAGUCGCAGCUACAAGCAGCGCAGCUCUCUCGAAGAGCACAGAGAAAGGUGCCAUGUGUACAUUCAGAACAAAGGCCCCACUGAGAAAGAGGACAGCCACGCAUCCAGGACUCAAAUGGGCACUGAGCGCGCUCUGCUGCUCGACAGGCUUGCCAGCAAUGUAGCCAAACGGAAGAGUUCAAUGCCACAGAAGUUCACUGGCGACAACGGUGUCUGCCUGGACCUGAGCUUUAAUAGGGAGCUGGUCCACCGAACUGAUGUCAAGGAUCCUCCGCCAGGCUCCCCAGGGCCAGACGGCCACCAUCAGCAACAACCAAUCUUCACAGGCCCAGACAGCGACCCAGCUCCCUCCCACAGGCCCUACCCCAUCCCGUUAAGUCGUAACGACAUUAACCCUAUGGGCCUCACCAACGGCCAUAAGAUGGGAAUGUCACUCUUGGGCCUCCCUCACGCCGCCCAGCCACCCCUCGGUAUGGACUCAUUCCACACUGACAACUCCCAGAUGUCCCAGCCUGUCAUGUACAACUUAGGGCACCUGCUGGGGGGGCUGAACCACCAGAACGGCGUCCCUCACCCACAUGCCCAGCCCAUCCCCUUGUCGCCGCUGGAGGCCUUGCGAGUGGUGCGGGCUGACGGGGAGGCAGGAACGCUGCCCGGGGCAGUUUACCCCUGCAGCCACUGCAGGGUGAUUUUCCUGGACUACGUCAUGUUCACCAUCCACAUGGGGUGCCACGGCUUCCGCAACCCGCUUGAGUGCAACGUGUGUGGCCACCGCAGCCGGGACCGUUACGAGUUCUCUUCCCACAUAGCCCGAGGCGAGCACCGCCUAGAAUUGAAGUAGCUGUCAUUCAUGCUGAUUUUCAUGCUUUCAUACACACACACACACACACACACACACACGCUCAGACGCAUAACACUGUAAGAGCACACACACAGAUGUACUCAUAUAAGUAGCUGGUAGUAUCACAAAUGAAAGCAUGAGGUAGCAGUUAUCGCUCUCUGUCUUUUGUGUGUGUGUGUGUGUGUGUGUGUGUGUGUGUGUGUGUGUGUGUGUGUGUGUGUGUGUGUGUGUG